AUGGAGGUCCUCUGGGAUACCAGCUUCCCCAUUUUUUUUUCAGACAAGGAAGCGACAGCAAAACUAGUAGUACGUUCCGAUUGCUGUAAAGAAGGCAAGCUUUACACAACAUACAAGUGCUCUCCACCAGUCUCUAGCCAUAUCAAGGCAUUGCUCACUCUUAAUGGCUUUGAGAACAAUGAAGAUGGCGGUGCUCCAUCUGAAUGUGACAGCCAGUUCCACUUUGAUGACACGCCGGUUGUGGCACUGUCAACUGGGUGGUACAACAAGGGGAGCAGGUGCCUAAACAACAUCACUAUAACUGCUAAUGGGAGAAGUGUGGUUGCCAUGGUAGUUGAUGAGUGUGACUCAACCAUGGGAUGUGAUGGUGACCAUGAUUAUCAGCCUCCCUGUGUUAACAACAUUGCUAAUGCCUCAAGAGCUGUGUGGAAAGCCUUGGAUGUGCCUCAUGACCAGUGGGGAGGGCUAGAUAUCACUUGGACCAAGGCUUAA